UAGUGACAGGCGAGAGGGGAGGGGAGGGAGGGGAGAGAGUAAAACCCACCGGCGCUGCGGCGGGGAGGGCACUUCGCGAGAGGCGAGGGCCGGCGCCGGAGCGGAGGCGGCGGCGGACGGCGGCGAGCGCCCGGGCGGAGGGCGGGCGGGCGGGCGGGCGGGAGGCAGCCCGCGCAUCCCCCGCGCAUCCCCCGCGCAUCCCCGGCUCGCCGGAGCCGCCUCUCCCGGCCGCGUCCUCCUCCCCGCCGGGGCUCGGGCAGCCGGCUGGGGGGCGAGUGGGAUUGAUCGAUUGAUAGAUUUUUUUUUUUUUUUUUUUCCCCGAGGGGGGGGGGCGAGGGGGGGGGGGGGGGGGCCGGGGCUCCUGUGGCUUUUCCGGGGGGUCCGGGCCCCCGGCCCCCGCGCCCCUGCCCUCCUCCCGCGGCCGCCUGCCGGCGGGCCGGGCCGCGGCGGCGGCGAGCACCAUGAUGAUGUCCCUGAGCAGCAAGCAGCCCUUCGGCCUCCCCCACGGCGGCGGCGGCGGCGGCGGCGGCCUCCACGAAACCAAGUACUCGGCCCUGCACACCGCCUCGCCCUGCCCCUCCGCCGGCGCCGCCGCCCCCGCCGCCAGCUCCCCCAGCAGCACCGGCACCGGCGGCUCCGCCGGACGCGGCACCGGCUCCGGCUCCGGCCCCGGCUCCGGCUCCGGCCCCGGCAGCGGCGGCUCCGGCUCCGGCUCGGGCUCCGGCCCCGGCGGCGGCGGCGGCGGCGCGGAGGCGAUGCGGCGGGCCUGCCUGCCCGCCCCUCCGAGCAAUAUAUUCGGCGGUCUGGACGAGAGCCUGCUGGCCCGCGCCGAAGCCCUGGCAGCGGUGGACAUCGUCUCCCCGAGCAAGAGCCACCACCACCACCCGCCGCACCACAGCCCCUUCAAGCCGGACGCCACCUACCACACCAUGAACACCAUCCCCUGCACCUCGGCCGCCUCCUCCUCCUCGGUGCCCAUCUCCCACCCGUCCGCCCUGUCGGGCACCCACCACCACCACCACCACCACCACCACCAUCACCACCAGCCCCACCAGGCGCUGGAGGGGGAACUCUUGGAGCACCUGACGCCGGGGCUGGCGCUGGGGGCAAUGGCGGCCCCCGACGGCGCGGUGGUCUCCACGCCGGGCCACGCUCCCCACAUGGCCGGCAUGAACCCCAUGCACCCGGCGGCGCUGGGCAUGGCCCACGCCCACGGGCUGCCGGCCCACAUGGGCUGCAUGAGCGACGUGGACGCCGACCCCCGCGACUUGGAGGCCUUCGCCGAGCGCUUCAAGCAGCGCCGCAUCAAGCUGGGGGUGACCCAGGCCGACGUGGGCUCGGCGCUGGCCAACCUGAAGAUCCCGGGGGUGGGCUCCCUCAGCCAGAGCACCAUCUGCCGCUUCGAGUCCCUCACCCUCUCCCACAACAACAUGAUCGCCCUCAAGCCCAUCCUGCAGGCCUGGCUGGAGGAGGCCGAGAAGUCCCACCGCGAGAAGCUGGCCAAGCCCGAGCUCUUCAGCGGCGCGGAGAAGAAGCGCAAGCGGACCUCCAUCGCCGCCCCCGAGAAGCGCUCGCUGGAGGCCUACUUCGCCCUCCAGCCCCGGCCCUCCUCCGAGAAGAUCGCCGCCAUCGCCGAGAAGCUGGACCUCAAGAAGAACGUGGUCCGCGUCUGGUUCUGCAACCAGCGCCAGAAGCAGAAGCGCAUGAAGUACUCGGCCGGCAUCUGA